GCUGGUGCAGAAAAGGAUAAUGGCAGAGAAUCAUACUAUGGUCUUGGCAUGACUGAAAAGGAAUCUCAUCCCACGAUUCAAGGAGGCCAGGGUUCUGACUUCCAGGGGGACUUUGUACCCUUUUGGAUGACUUCCCAGGAUUCUCCAGAAACUCAAGAAAGGAGAGGAAACACGUGGAAAGGAAUGGGAAAGGAAGUACCGGUCUCAUAUCCCGCCAAAGAGUUGCCCAGUAUGUCUGGGCCUGAAAUGUAUGAAUAUUUUUUCGACGAACUAGAUGAGGCUCAGAGGAGUAAAGACAUGGUGUCAACGACAUCCCUCCUCUCUGGCCAUCAGUCGACUCCAUCUGGCAUCAUAAAGGAUCCAAACUCGAAGGAGGCUGGUGACACCAUACAAAUAUCUAUUCCAGAGGUCUACGAAUAUUUUUUUGAUAACAGCACAAAGGGAAAGAGAAAUUGGAGGGGGGUCCUCUUAAGCUUUCCAGCCUCUGAGGCACGAAAGGCUGCGAGAGCGUUAAAAUCUCUCAUAGGCAGGCAUAUGCGUCGCGUUAAACCCCAACCCACAAACCACGGGGAGAUGCUACGGAGAGGAUCCCAAGGAACACUGGUGCUUCUUUCACCUGGGCCUCUAACCGAAGCCUGGUCAAGACCAGAAGACCUACAUAUGGCUGUGAUGGAACCAGAAAGGCCCCUCCGGCCGGUUCUCACGCACCGGGACAUGUGCCUGGGCUUUGUGGCCUUUGCUUCGUGGGCUGUGAAGACCUCCGACUUGCAGGCUCCGGAUGCUUGGAAGAUUGUGUUGCUGGCAAACUUUGGAACCCUUUCGGCCAUCCGCUUCUUCAGGAGGCAGGUCAUCACAGAAAGACAACACACAACCUAA